ACAUGAAGGUAAGUAAAUUAUUACCAAAUUUGAUUAUUUUCAACUAUCCCUUUAAGAUUUAGGAAUUAUGCAGUAAAUAAUAUGGUGCUGUAGACAUGGUGAUUUGUGUUACUCAUCAUGUGAGAAGCCCAUCUUCUGACUGUAUCUGCACUCAGUGCACAACAGGGUCAUGGUGCUAAUCUAGUGGGCAUACACACUACACACAUGCCAGCCUGCUGUCUCUCACCACCCUCCCCCAACACACACAACUGUCUCAGGCCCCCUUCUUCUGACACACAGCAUGCUGGGUCUUUACAAAGCCCCAUUCUGCAGCCGUCCCAGGACUCUGCACUGUACUGCAGGACUGUUGCCCUCUGCCCUCUCACACACCCAGCACUCUUUUGUCCCACAAGAAAAAAGCAACAGUCACGUGUCCACUGAACACUCCACAGCUGCUGGCCUUGUCCUCCUCAUGCUGUCUUUCUGCUGAAAUAUUUACAGGUAAUUUAAAGCGAUGGAAUAUGAAUUAUGUUUAUUAUGUUUCCAAGACCGUUUUGGAAUGUAACUGCAGAAUUACUGCAGGACCAUCAUGAGAAGAGCCACAGGAAGGGUUAUGAGAUUGUAUCAUUUAUAAACCAAAAAUUGAAAAUGACAAGAACUUUCUGAAGAAAACUGCUAAACAAUGCUUUAAUCGUUUCUUAGCAAAAAAACAAAACAACUGAUGAGCCAUUCCAAUUAAUUAAUGUCAGUAUCCCGUCCCCCAUAUCAUGUUCACACACAACCUCCUCCUCACACAGGCUUCAAAGGCGAUGAUGGGAAAAGCCAUCUCUCCGCUGGCCGCUUCAAAGCACAGGAAGUGUGUCAAAGCGACUAGCCGGCUGGUUCCCAGCCCAUGCGUGUGUGAUAGUGUUUGAGCAAGAGAGAGAGAAAAAAUAUGUGUAUGCAGGGUGUAAUAACAUGCUCGUCUCUGUGCCUGUAUAUACGUGUGUUGGUUCAAAGCCAACCAGAAUCCUGUUAGAGACAGGAUGUAAAAUCUGCUGUGGUGUCAUGCCCCACUCUGGCAUAUGCACAUGUUUGUAUCAGGAUGAGUUUUUCCAAGACCACGGACAUGCACGACUUGUCCUGGAAAAGGCACUCCUUGUACAGUAGAGAGUGAUCCACUGGAAUGUCUUUCUUCUGACCCUCGCAAACCUAAUUCAGACUUCAUUGGAACGUUUUGUUCAGUUGGCAUGUCUGUUUGUGCCUGGCACUUAAUAUUAGUACUUUAUUUAUCUCACAAUUUGCUUGCUUAUGCUGAGUUGUUUGCGUAUUGACUGUAUGUGAAGUGAAGUUCUUUAUAGAGAUUGUAGGUUGUUUUUCCAAGACUGCAUCCAUUUUAAACAAUGAAAUGAUGCCAUUGCAGUAGACAUCAAAUAAAUGGGUAUCCCAAAAUGAGCUUCACCACUAACACAUACUGUGCGUUUGUCAUCGGUAGAACAUUGUGCACAGAGAAAGAUUCAUCUUAUGCUGCUGAUUUGAAUGAGAGAUGACUUCUGUUCCUUUCUUCCCUCUCUGUGUGUCAGUGUAACCUGCAUGUUCCGGUGUCAAGCCGUGGCUUCUUAAUGCGAUGUGGAGAGAGAAAGUCACAGUAUUAGGGAUUGGAGGAGUUCCCUACUUCUGUGACUUUUUCCCAAAUAGACAUUGAAUGUCAUAUUACACCUAGCCUACAUUUCCAUACGUUUUUAUUUGAAUUUUUUAAAUAGGGUUGAUCAUCUUAGUGCUAAUAGAGGCAUAAGUGCCGUAUAUGCUUCGGCAAUAUUAUAAUUGUAAUACUGUCAAUAUAGAUUGACAUUACAUUGUAAAGUUUCAUGCUAAUUGUGCACAGUCCAAUUUACAGUUCAUCCAGUCAAUCGUUUUUUCACUUUUAAUGUUAUUCUGCUCUUGUCCAAACCAGCGAUUGCUGUCCGCUCGGCUGGACGUGUUUAGCGGACGUCUUUCCUGCCCAUGGCGCCCACGGGGGGCUUUGCGCUGCUCUUUUUAUAUUUGGAGACUCCAAAAGAAUCCCGCUUCCCUUUCAUGUGCCGCCUCGGUCCAAUCAGACGUAAGGAGAGGCGGCCUGCGCGAGGCGUCAAUCACGCUCGCUGAGUGGCUGGAGCGCCUCUCGUCUCGUCCGCUCUGGAGAUCACUCGGUCCUCCGCCGCUGUUGGAUGUGUACGGAGCCCGCGCGCUUUUCUUUACGGACGCUCACAAAUAUCACAUUCCUUCUGGAUUGUUUUUCGUUUCUGAUGUUUCUCAAUUGCUCUCCGAUGCAGAGAAAUGGGUAAACUUCAUUCCAAACAUGCUGCUAUUUGUAAAGCGAGGGAGAGUCCCGAAGGCGAUAGUUUUGUAGUUAACGCAUGUUUGGCGAGGAAAGGACUGGAUGACUGGAUGGUUAAGCAGAAGUAUUACUGCUCCAGCUCUCGUGUACAACAGCAGGACUGCCAGCAGAAAAAUACCUGCGGACUGUCUGCACGGGACCCACUGGAUGAAGGUUAUGCUGAGGGCAUCAGUGAUGAACAUUAUCGUUUAGAAGUGGCUCUGCCCCCUGAGAAGACUGACAGCUGCAGUGUGGAAGAGAGAAUGCAGGACACUGAAGGCUCUGCCACCGUCGGCCCACACAAACAAUUACAGUUUGAGGAGUUGGAGUGUGCUGUAUCAGUUGAAGAAGAUAACAGGCAGGAGUGGACUUUCACCCUCUACGACUUUGAUAACAACGGCAAGGUCACGAGAGAGGACAUCACCAGUCUACUGCACACUAUAUAUGAGGUGGUGGACUCAUCAGUGAAUCACUCCCCCAGCAGCAGUAAGACCCUCAGGGUGAAACUCUCCGUAGCCCCAGACUCCAGCCAGAGAUGGAGGAACGUCACCCAGACCAACACAGACACUCCCCAUCCCAAGCACAAGGGAGAAAAGUGCAUUGAGGACUCCAAGCCUUCAGAGAAAAAGUCAAGAGCUUAUCUUAGGCGCUACCAUACUGACCACCACAACCAGCAGGGUUGCCAGCGCCACUGUGUGGAUGAGAACCUGGAGAGAAGAAACCAUUACCUUGACCUGGCCGGCAUUGAAAACUACACAUCCCGCUUUGGAACAGCAGCUCCAGCCACAGAACCAGCAAAACCCAACCACACCACACGUUCAUCCAAUCAGACACGCUCACGAUCUCAAGAACCCGAGAAUUGCCACGUUUACCCCGCUCACAAUCGGCGCUCACAGACCAUCUCUACGGAUCCUCCUGCCGUCCUCACCCGGCACACACACGCACUCCGUUCCCCCAAAACGCACCGCACACCACCCACUCAGGGCUCUGCUGGUCGGGUGAUGAGAAGAGGAGCGCCACCUCCCCCAGCGGUCCCCAAACAGACGCCGCCGCACCAAAGCUCAGGCCCGUACCGACGGCACAAGCAGAGGCCUAAAGAAGGGCUGCACUAUCGGGCUCUGGGGCCGACCGUGACGUCCGGCCCGGUAGUGGAGAAAGAGCUUGUGAGGGAUCUGCCCAGUCUGGUGCUGUAUGAAGGAGGACUAGCUCAGGUGGUCCAGCGGCACGAGCAUCAUCAUCACCAUGAACAUCAUCAUCAUUAUCAUCACUUUUAUCAGUCCUGAAGAGUGGAAUUGAUCUAACAAUUGAUCUUAAAUAUUCUUGGUUAUGGUCACGUUGGGGCUGAGAAGGACACAAGGCAUCAUGUUCAUGCCAAAGUGUGUUCACAUUUGUAUAUACUGUAUAAGUGUGUGUGAGAGGUCAUGUGUGUUGUUUUGAAUGAGUUGAUGUAGGCCUAGUCCGCUUAGGACAGGUUUACGUUCUACAUAAGUGCUCUAUCUCCCUUCUCUCUCUCUCUCACUCUGUCUGCUUCCCUUAUUUUCUCUCCCUCGAUAUCUCACUUUCAUAAUGCUUAUCUGAUUAUUCUGUUUGGUUGAAAAGAUGGUCGGCCCUGUUAAAUGAAGAAUUUUCAAGUAGUUAAACCACUUUUGAAGGAAUACAAUUCCUUGGUUUUGUAAUUUACAUUGUGAUUGAGUGAGUGAGUGUGUGUGUGUGUGUGUGUGUGUGUGUCGGGGGGUCUGCUCUUUUUUUGUGCCUAAGGUGUCUUUUUUUUACACUUAUCCUGAUUUUUUUUUUGUUUGUUUGUUUUCCACUGAAGACCACUUGAAAAGCACUUCUUGUGCCAUUGCAUUCAAGACACUUUAUCUAUGAAGAGCUUCUCUCCGAAACAACAGAUCUGAAUCAACACCUUUAAAAAUGCAAUACAGGACACAUGUACAGACAGAGCCUGUAAAGACGCUCAAACCGUCAGAGAGAACUUUGUUGAAGGACAGAAUGAGAACUACACUCUACCAAUCUACAUGAAGAAAACAGAGCAUCAUAAUCAGCUGCUACCUCUAGUAUUAUUAUGAUUAUCGGUAUUAUUGAAAUAAUUUUUUAUUCUUCAGAUUUUAUUUUUAUUUGUCUGUAUGUUCUAAUAUGCCACCAAUCUGCAGUUAUGUUGAGAUGUAUUGGAUUUAAAUCCAUUGUAAGCUUUAUUACGGAAACAUUUAUAUAUUAUUAUUUUUUUUUAUAUUUCUUUUUGUGUGUUUUCCUGUCCCCGUAACUUUAAGCUAAUUGCAUUGUAAGACCACUAGGUAUCAGAGUUUAUAGUGUUAUUAUGUGUAUCAUACAAUACGAGAUCUUAAACUAAUCGUCUGAUGAUUGUAUAAUAAUGUUCUGAAAUUUGUUAAAAAAUAAUUUAUUUGAAAAAAAUAUUCCUGUCAUGUUUAUGGCAAGUCAAAUCAAAAGAUUGGGAAACUUUGAAUAGAGUUUAUAUUGUUUGACCCAAUAUACAGUAUAGAUAAUAUUUUUAUCUUCUGCUAGUUGACCUUCUAAAGUGUAAAGGAAUCUGUUCUGCCAAGGAAAAAUAGUAUUUUCAUUUCUCAGGUUAAUUUGUUCAUGUUUGAGUUAUUGAUUUGACAAGACAAUAUAAUCUGUUUUGAAGGGAACAGUAAACCACUGAACUGUGAGGAUAUUUUGGUAGAGAAUUACCUUAGGGCAGAUUAAUUUCUUUCAGAAUCCAAUAAUAUGUCCUCAGACUGAAUUAGGAUCUUGUAGACAAUAUGGUAGUGCCUUUAGCUCAGAAGUGCUCACUUAUUGGCUGAAGUGAGAAAACAAGUCUGGUUGAUUUGGAGUUCAUCUGCUCCCUGCAGCAGUUUUAAACAGCAUUUAAAUAGUACAUUAUGAAUCUAUUUUAGGUUCGAUGUAUCCCUAGUCACCUGGAGGGUGUGUGUGUGGCAGCUGUCUCAUUGCUCAGGGGCAGGAUGACAGUAUCGCCGCCUAGGAGUCUCCAGUCGUCCCAUAACUCACCAAUACCCCUCUGACAGUUAAUGAGUGUGUGUGUGCAUUUGAAACCAGCCCUACGGAAGAUUACGAAACAGAGAAGCCUUCGAUCAAACUCAAGCAGAUGUGUGUGUGUGUGUGUGUGUUGAAACUCACAGCAGGUGUUUUAACAAUCCAAGUGAGUCCGAUAUAAUUGAUUUAGUCUCUCUCCUUUGAUUUUUAAACAUAGAAACACAUUAAAUGUUAAAAAAAUCAACUUUAAUUCCAUGUGGUCCCAGUUUGGCGCUUAAGAUUUUUGGCCUCAACAUGGACAGCGGUCAAACAAAAUUAAGAAUUUUCUCAGUGAUGAGACGUGUUUAAUUGUGUUUGGUUAGAACCUGUUCAACUUCCUAAUAUGUUUAGCGUUAGAUCAGUUGACUCUUCUGCUCAGUAGGAUGGUGGAAAUGUGAUAGCAUCACUCUACAUGAGACUCUGGAAAACCCACCUGCAACUUCAGGGUGGUCUCAUUACAGCUUAACCUUCACUCAGUCUCGCUGUUGCUGGGGAAUGAAUGUGUGCUGUGGAGCUUAUUUCUCCCUCUUAUUUUCUCAUUCUCACUUUACAGUGAGAUAGCAAUUUUAAAUGAUUCUGACCAUUCUGACCACAAUUAUUGCUGCUAAAACCAACCCAUGGCUUCAAUGAAAACUUUAAGAACGGCACAUGUGCGAAACAUCUAAAUGCACAGUAGGCAGUAGGUUCAUUGAAUGUCCUGCAGUGUUCUUGUUUAUCUUUUAACACUGGUAUUGUAUAGAUGUCUGAUAGGAUCAGUUGUGGCCUGACGGUUGGCUGCUCUGGUGAUACCAGUGUUUUAGACUGAUUCUGCGCUAUUCAUCUGGAUGAUCGGCUAUAAUUUUCUAUAGUGCCAUUUGUACCUAUAACAUUUCUCGAUUUAUGUUGUGUGAUUGAGUGUGUGACACACUCCCUCAGAAUCCAAGAAAGUGAUUCAUGGAGAGGCUUGUAUAUAAAUAACACAACGUGGUAGCAUUUCAUGCCUCUUCUGAGCACUAGUACAGAUAAUUUGUGACUUUCCUUGAUGUUUUUUUUUUUUUUUAGUUUAUAGAUGAAUGGAAAUAAUUGCUUUAUUUAUUUAACAGCAGACUUGUGCCAAGAGAAAAUAUUUCAUUAAAAGCUGAACUGUUGCUUACUGAG